UAUUGAUAAAUAACAAUGCACAGAUUGAUGCGUUUACCGGCGUAAAAAAAAAAGAACAUUGAGGUUCUGCUUUGAAUCACGUGUUUUGUAUCGACCAAUAGAAAAUUAUUUCAUGGACUGGAAGUUGGCCAGUUGUUUAUUCAACCACCAGACAUCAUUUAUUGCCGGUUAGUAAGUUUCAACACUCAAAUUCUGCUCGUCAAUUUUGUAACUAUAUAGGUCCACAGCGUUUUAUUUCCGUAUUCCAUGGCUUCGGAAAACAUCCAUUGCAUAACGUCCAAGCAAUUUGUGACAAUUUUAAAGAUAUUUGACAAAGACGGCAAUGGACACAUCGUCAAAAGUGAAUUGGAUGCGUUUCUGAAGGCAUUUGAGGACGAGGGUUUAAUAGAAAGUUCCAGGGCCGUUGAAAUUGCGGAGAAAAUCCGUGAACAACAAGACGAUGACGAGGAAUUGGUGACUAUGACCACGCUGGCCAAUGAGUUAGUACCCGUCAACUUCUUGACAGCUGAAUUUGGGGAGCAACAAACACGAAUAACCAGUGUGGAUUUCAUGAAGCUUUGGGACCACUAUGAUGCUGACGGCAGUGGAUAUCUAGAUUGCAUCGAGUUGAAGUCAUUUUUUCGCGACAUUUUAACAAGAAACAGGAGUGAGAGUGAUGCUGAAGACCCAGAUCUGGACAAGAAAAUAGAUCGUUACGUCAAAACAAUGUUCGAAAUGCAGCACAUUAAAGGGGAAAAAGUCAGCCUCGAAGAAAUGUGCAAGUUUUGUCCCGUUGAAGAGAAUUUUCUGGAGCAAUAUGAGACAUUCACCGAUGAGGAGUUCGAGGAAAUAUUCGCACAUUAUGACCAGGCAAGUCUUUGUGGGGGAAUUAAUUUAAUCGAUGAAUUCUUAAAAAUUGACAGAUGGCUGAUCAAUUUUACUUACCAGUAGAAUCCUUCUUUCCUACAUUUUGCAUACUCAGUCCUUAACGUAGUAAAUAACGUCGUGGUAAUUUGAGAGAGA